CCCAAAAAAGUUGGUACAAAAUGAACUACUAGAAAGUACCAACCUCUGUAAAAAAACCUCUGUUUGAGUUGUCUUUGAAGGCAGUGUACCUGCGCAGCCCUGCAUUUGUCUCGUUCCUACUCGAAAAAUUCUGCAUUGAUUUUGUGAAUAACUUUUUGACAGUUCCUUAUGGGAUUUUCUUUGGGGCUCGAUAAGACCGAGAAAAAGAAAAUUCAUUUGGUUCAUUAUUUAUCGAGCAGUUUGACAGGGCGAGGUACGGAGUACUAUGGGGCAACGUGUACCAGAAGAAAAACGCCAGUGUUACGUAUGUCUUAUGUAUGUGAUGAUACCACAUUUAAAUCACGUUGAGGUCAUCCCGCAUAAUCAAUAACCAUAAACGGAUGAUAAUCCAUAUGGUUUAACGAUACCCCAUACAGUCGAAACUAUAUCCCGAACUAGUUGUUAGGCACUUUUUAUGGUUAUUGAUUAUGCGGAAUAUAUAUAUAUUGAUCAAAGCGGGUAUAGUUUUAAAUAGUUUUUGAUUUUUUUUCUUUUCAAAACUUUUGAACCACAUAUCAAAUUGUUAUGAAAUUUGUUAUUUGUAAGUUUGAGAGAUGACUCGUUCGUAUGACACUAGUUAUGUUCAAAUAAGUCGUGUGAUACUUGAGAUAAUAGACUUUCGUUGUUUUAACAAUUUAAUACAUAACGGUUGCUUAAGUUAGAUUAUAAUCAUAUGAAAAGGGAACGUAUAGGGCAGUCAAGCUUUUAAACCACAUGUUCAAUCAUAAUUCAUCAGUUAACCCUUAAGUAGCCAGUUCAUCUGAUAUCAAUAUUGUUCAAAUCGGUUGUGUAGUUUCUAAGAUAAUGAAGUUUCGUGAUUUUCACAUUUCAAUACAUUACAGACGAAGUUACAGUCCGAUUACAGUGAAAUUCAAUAGGGUAUUAUGAGGCAGCUAGACCUUUCAUUUGACACUAAUUUUGUGGAAAUCGGCUCCAACAUCUCUGAGAAAAGUGAGUGAGUUUAUGUAGUCUUCGGAAUAUGUUUCUUUUCAUAGUUGGAUUUCGCAUUUUUAAACAUAAUAGGCAAAGUAAUGAUCCGUUUGCAAAAAAAAAAUCAAUAGGGUCUUAUGGGGCAACAAGACCUUCCAUAUGACACUGAUUUUAUGGAAAUCGGUCAAGGCAUCUCUGAGAAACAUGAGUGAGAUUAAAUAGUCUCCAGAACACUUUUCUUUCCAUAACUUCUGAACCACAAGUUCAAUCUUCAUAAAAUUCACAAAUUAAGGGCUUUUUAGGUAGCCCGUUCAUUUGAAACUAUUUUUUUUUUCAUACCGGUUGUGUAGUUUCUGGGAUAUUGAUGUUUCGUGAUUUUUACAUUUUGAUACAUAACCUCUAAACUAGGAUUCCAAUUACAAUAAAAUUCAAUAUGACAACUUUGGUUCUACUUUUUCGAUUCAGAUAAUAAUUGAAUUUUAUGAAAACAUUCCUAAGAGUAUCUAUUUUCAAUGCAAGCUAAAUAACUUUUGUUAUUCUUGUUUUAAGGUUUCGUGAACCUCUUAUUGUAAAUAUUUAGCUUUAAAAAGUAAUUGUUUUCGUUUGUUUAACCAAAAAAGAUCAAAAUGGUCCAAUUCUUACUAAACACGAGCAAUAAAUAUAGCGAUAUGACUGUUUACAUAUUAAAAAGUUAGCGAUUAGCGAAAGUUUCGCUAACGUGAGUUUAGCGUUUAGCGAUUAUCGAGCUAAAUUUUCCGGUUAGAGGCUUAGCGUUUAGCGUCGCUAAAUUUUCGAUUAGCGGUGCCCACCACUGAUCUUAUGUAUGUGGUAGGUCCACUUUUAACGAAUUUGGCCCUGAUACGAGUAAAAGAGAUUUUUAAGCCUGUUCGCACCUACGCGAGUUUUUGUAUGCAAUUGUCAAUUUAUGUGUGAAAACCACAUCCCUGUCACGAACGUCAUCCCCAUACAUUUCGCUUGAAGCCGUUUUUCUCUGGCUUACCCGUCAAAAGGCUGUCAGUGCUUGCGAAACAGCCGAUUGAGCACCGUUCAUGCGAGAUUAACUGUUGCUGCAAGUGGUGUGAAGAAAUGCAGAAAGCGAAAAACGAUUGUUUUGUUUUGAACGUUUCAUGGAUUUUGUGCAGGACAUAAAUGGUCACGUUCAAACAUGUUUCAACACGUUCCGGAUAGCCCUACAUUCAAUAUAGUUAGAAGCACGCAAUAAAUCCGUGCAGUAACACAUGCGGCACAAUGAACGGAGCUUAUGACCAUAUUUCCAACAGUAGCGCCAUCAUCAUCGGCGGCGGCUUCAGGAAACUGUUGCCAUGACAUCGGUCUGGUAGGGUUUGGUGAAAACAAAAGCAGAAAUAUUCGCCUCCUUCACUUUCGCAAAUAAAAACCAAACCAAUAUCAACAGAGUCGUCAAGGCCAAUUGACUCAAAAUUUACUCAAUUUAGAGUAAAAACGGCUGAGCGUGCAUGACAUGUUUUUUGUUUACCAUAACAGUUCAACUCGCAAAAAUAUUUUUGUAUUCUGUGAGAGUUUUUACUGCUACCGUUGUGAACCUAAAACAAGUUAAAAUUACCAGAGCCCUAUAACAAAGUCUACUCGAUCAUAUAUUUCAAAUGAGCUGAGUUGCUCGUCAAAGCUUCUGUAGUAAGUACGGCCCAUAAACAGGUAAAAAUACAAAAAUUAUUUUGUUCCGGGCUUGUGAAUUUGUAUGUGAGAAAUGGAGCAAUUGAGCGUAACAAAGGUGGAAAAAGCCACUGCAAUAAAGGUAGAAGAACUUAUAAUAUCCGACGUUGUGGCUACGAGGGAGGAAACUCCGCUCGCCAGCAAUGAUCAGUGGUCCGAUGAACAAACUGUUACGAACGCCCUGAGCAGAGGAGCUACUGAUGUGAAACAAGAACUAGAGAUGGACAUCACCAAUAGAGCUGAGACAGGGGCAGCUUGUGAUAAAAUUGCAGUUGCUACCUCCAGCAACUCAAACGGAUCGGAAAAGCGUGUUGGUGAUCGUCCACCGAAAAAAUACGUUUGUGAAUUCUGCAGCAAGGAAUUAAGCACAAAGUAUAGCUUGGCGGAUCAUAGAAGAAUUCACACCGGGGAACGACCUUUUGCAUGUGAUAUAUGCAGCGAAACAUUCAGCUCAGUACAAAGUUUGCGGUUCCAUAAGAGUACUCAUAAGAGGGACCUCAAGUUUGAGUGUGACAUAUGUGAGCAACGAUUCCAACUCAAAUCACGUCUUGCGUGGCACAUGAAGACACACCGCUCAGAUUGCCCUCAUAAGUGCUUAAUUUGCGAUGAAAGAUUUCAAUAUUCCGAUAAUCUCGCAGACCAUAUGGUUCGUCACAGUAAAGAGCGACCCUUCAAAUGCGAUAUCUGUGACAAAUCAUACAAAAGAUCUAGAGCCUUAAAGCGUCAUAUCUGCAGAUUAAAUGAUCCCCUCCCAAGCAAGCCGAAAAAGCGCAAAACUGAUGUUGAUCAACCACCGAAAAAGCACGUUUGCGAAUUCUGCAACAAGGAACUAGGCACAAAAUACCGGUUGGAUGAUCAUAGAAGAAAGCAUACCGGGGAACGACCUUUUGCGUGUGAUAUCUGCAGCAGAACAUUCCACACAGCAAUGCGCUUGCAGUACCAUAAGAGUGCUCAUGCAGACGACCGGAAAUUCGAGUGUGACAUAUGCAUGCGAUGUUUCUCCGUGAAAUCAAAUUUAGCGGUCCACAUGAAGGUACACCGCCCAGAUUGCCCACAUAAAUGUCUGAUUUGUGAUAAAAUAUUCGCAACUAGUUGCCAUCUCGAACAACAUAUGCGCACUCACACCAAUGAACGAUCCUUCAAAUGCGAAAUUUGUGACGCUUCAUACAAGAGACCUAAUGGUCUAGUACGUCAUAUGAAGAGCCACAAUGUCGAUCCCUUUCCAGGCAACACAGAAGGUUUAGAGCCAAACCAGACCGAUAACAGCCAGAACAAUGGAUCUGCGAAAUACAACUGCGACAUAUGCGGUAAACAGUACAACCGGUUGAGACCACUUAACUUACAUCUGAAACGUCAUCAGAGCACCACUGUGAGACCUGAUAGUAAAACCCAACACAAAAAGCUGUACGAGUGUGAAAUUUGUGGAAAAGGAAAUCCGAAUAGAGCACUGCACGUAAGGCACAUGAACUGUCACACUUCGGAUCGGCCUUUUAAUUGCGAUAUUUGCGGUUCAACAUCAAAGUCAGCCGGUGAUUUGAAACGCCAUAAGGAAAGGCACAGCUCCGAGAGACCGUGUAAAUGCGAAAUUUGCGGGAAAGGUUUUUUAUAUCCUAGUGAGCUAAGACAGCACAUGCUUUGCCACACCAAUAAACGGCCUUUCAAAUGCACUGAUUGCAGCCUAUCAUUUGAGUCAGAAUAUAAAGUGAGCAAUCAUGUUUUGAAUGUUCACAAGCAGGAGCAAGACCAUUCGGAGCGUUCGUACGAGUGCUCGCUUUGCGAUAAACGGUUUGCAUGCAGACAAAAUCUUUGGUCACAUCAGGCUUGUCACACUGAAGAACGACCAUACAAAUGCGAUAUUUGCUUGUUAUCAUACAAAACAUAUCGUGCGUUACGGGAUCACAGAAGAACGGAAAAGCACAUUAAGCAAAUAUUAAUUGCGAACGAAAACUAACAGGCGAUGUUACUCCAGGCCGAUUCGAAUGCUUCUUUCCAGCCGAAUAACAGAAUUCAAUUAACUUGAAAAAGUCAAAGCGAAUGAUUCUGUAAUAGAGAUGGUCGGGUAUGGGAAAUUUGUUACUCGUACCCGACUCAUCGAGAAUUUUCAAACCCGUACCCGACUCAUCGAGAAUUUUCAAACCCGAACCCGAAGUCGGGUUUGUUUUAAAUACCCGUACCCGACCCGAACCCGAAAAAUGUUGUUUUCAACUACCCGUACCCGACCCGUACCCGAAAGAAAAAUACCCCGAAAUUGCCGGUACCCGACCCGUCCUGGAUUUUUAUUUUAUUUUAUUUUUUUUUUCUAAAUACCUGAUUACCUCGCAUAUUUUAUGCACUGUUUGUCAUAUGUGGUUUCUCGAGAUGAUGGCCGGAGUUGGACUAAACCUGAGUGUUCAUGUGAACGAAUGUUAAUGAACCAGAGUUCCAGGCGAUGUAUUGGUGCUCCCAGAAUCCAGCGUAGCAUCUGUCACUGAGAACGUCUGAUGUUGAAAAAUUUGAUCAUUUUUAUCACGCAGCAAAAUAUCUAUUCAUAACUGUGUACGGAGAAUUUGGGUUCCGUUAGUCACCUCAUAUUAAAAUUAAUCAGGGAUUUCAAUUAUUUAUUUUGUAUGCAUACGUAUGAUUCAUAUGAACUGCUGAAAAUUUCUAUUUUGUUAAUUUACCCUACUAGCACAACACGGAGAAUGGUGAAAAAUGCAUGUCUGGUAGAGUUUAAAUUAAGCGACGAGUUUUAUGUGCACAUCGUAGCAAUCAGGAGACUCAACCGUGAUGAAGUGUAUAGUUCGAAACUGUUACCAAACGACUUUUUUUGAUACCCGAGUAAUAAUUACGUAGGAGGUCUGCCGAAAAGAGUUUAUUUGCAAACGUUGCUUACACGUUUAAACAACAAAAAUGCUUUUAAAAAAAUCGGCAAACUUUCAAAACUCGUGAGGACAGAAAUAUUAUGGACACGAAGGGCAGAAAUAUUAUGUUUCAGAAAAUAUUGCUAAUUUCAUUGCUUGUGUGGAUGUUCUUUUUUUUUAUUUUUUAUUGUAUGUUUAUUUCGUCAAGCAAAUGUAGAUCACAUAAAUAUUUCAUUAAAGUUAUUAUUUAUAGUGUUUACAAUGUUCUUGUUACGGUACGAUAUUUCUAGUGUAUUUUCAACAGUUCUCAAUUUGUUUUUUUUUUUUAUUUUUUUUUAUAUUGUUAUGGCAAUGGUUUUACAAUGUAGAUCAUACUGACACAUCAUUCGAUUUAUGGGACCAUUUUUUGCAUAAUUAGUUCUGCAAUGUUUUUCUGAAAAAAGUUUUCUCGUUCUAAGAUGCCGUUAAGGUGUAUUAAAGCUGAGUUGUGAUAGUAAUGCAGAUUAGUCUAUACCAUUUGAAAUAAUGUCAUUGACGAAGAAUAUCAUUGCAAAUUCGCGGCGUUGUUUAAGUGUUUGUAGAUUAAAGAGCAUGCAACGUGCUUCAUACGUUGGCAGAGGAAAUGCAGUCCAAUUCAAAUUGCGAAGCGCGUAAAGAAGGAAUUGUUUGUGGACUGAUCCAUAUGAGAUUACAAUAUUCACAAUAGGUCUAACAUAUAUAAAAUACAAUAGUUUGAUAGUGUACGGGUCUUGAAAAUUGUGGCUGAACCGCUUAGCAAAGCCCAGCAUACUAUUUGCUUUACUUGUGAUGGAGUUAUAGUUUCAUAAUAAGUAUUUUUCGAAUAAGUCCACGGUCAAGAAAAAUGCAAUCAUUCUUCUAAAGAAAUCAAUGAUACCGUUACCGAUGCAACUUUAUGCUGCGUCGUAUCCGUUUCUCCCUCCCAGGACAAGACUAUGCUAAAACACCUAGGCUAGAAAUAUUAAUAAUUAAAUUCUCAUAAUGCAAGAAAAUCGAAUUACCCGUACCCGACCAGUUGAGAAUUUUUCAAACCCGUACCCGACCCGAACCCGAAGCCUUGGUUUUUAAAUUACCCGUACCCGACCCGAACCCGAAAAAUAUUUUUUGGCGUUACCCGAAACCCGACCCGAACCCGUCGGGUACGGGUAUCGGGUAAAAAUACCCGUACCCGACCAUCUCUAUUCUGUAAUAAGUUAUUGCCUUGAAGCGACAAAGUUCUUAUAGUGGACUGAAGAGACAAAGUAAUUCGAAAGCUAAACAAAAAUUGUAAAAAUUUGAUAAAAAGAGAAGAAAUUGUGAAAGUUAGACUGAUCGAUCAGGUUUGUAUGCUUCCAGCCCUACAACCGAAAGUAAUAAUCUCGGCGGUUAGAGUUAGCCCGUUCAACAGAGCAUCGCGAGAUACAUUAGCAACGGAGAGGAAAGUGGCAGCGUUUGCUGAGUAGUAAGACUGUGUACGUCGAAGAAACGGCCUCGAGAACGAGAAUAGUGAAGAGAAGGGGUAGGAAAUUGGAAACACGGAAGUGGGAGUGCCGACGUGAAUAAAGA